AGCGGCUGGGCUGGGACCCGAGUCGAGAAGGUCGUGGCUUGCCGAAUGGUCUCCCCGAGCGUCGGAAUCUUCUCCUCAUCUCUUUCGCUGUUCGUGCUUGCUUCUCUUCGGGAGCGCUGGAUGGGCGUGGAGACGCUGUCUGUUCUGGAGAGCAGGUUACAGCAACGUAUAUCGUUUAUCGAGUUAGCCAUCGCUACCAGCCUCUCGCACAGGUGCAACUGCAUACUAUUCAUUGGCAUAAGCGACAUCUGCACAGACGCAAUAGGCUCUACGUGCCUCGUUGCAGCAGAUCUUCUCGAUACCGUGAUAGCUGGAAGAUGCCAUCGUGUUCGGGGGAGCCGCAGGCUAUCUAUACACGGCAGCCCUUGUCCUAUACAUCAGCAGCAUCACGCCCGGUCGAUGAAACCUCGUACUACGAUGGUGAUGCUAUCCAUGGAAUGCCGUCCACGGCAUGCGCACCCCAGGGAGCUCAUCUGCCCGUGCGAGCCUAGACAUGGCGGGCGGACUGAAUGGGGAAGCAACGCCCUGGUGGACAUGUCAAUGUGAUCCUCUUGGAUUGUGCCAGAAUGCAGCUGCACUGCCGUGUCCCAUGGACAACCUCCGCAGCCAGGUGCCUGGAAAGUUUCAUAUCCGGUCUGACACCACGGGGUGCAGGGGUCCCAGGGUAUAAUUGCCUAAGCUCUAGCCCCGUGGGCACCCAGCCAUCUCCAUUCGUCCUGCAUCAUUCCCUCUGGCCGCGCGCACGGGCACAGUCACCCGCCCGCCUUCAGCAGAGAUCUUCGUGGCGAGGGUUCGUGAUAUGUUAAUCAACUCUCAGAUGCAGAUGUGCUCGAUUUGAGGGAAAUAUUUGUCUUAUCGCGAGCUGAGAACUUGAGUCUGAAAAG